AUGGAAAACGAGUAUGAGGUUAUGCAUGGAGUUUGCGAGUUUCAAAGUGUGGGAAUUGUGAUCAAUGGAAACUAUAUUCCCACAGAUGCAACAAUUGAACAACCUCUUCUAAUAGAUCGUUGGCUCGAUGAGCACAAGGUGCACAACCAGUAUAACUCCAGUACAAAGUUGUGUCUCAUCAACGCCUUAAGCCCAACAAAGCAUGGCAGAGUUGACAGCUAUGAGACAACAAAGGAGAUAUGGGACGCUCUUACCAUAGCUCAUGAGGGUACGUCAAAUGUCAAGCAGACCAAGAUAAAUAUGUUGGUCACACAAUAUAAGAUGUUCAAAAUGCGGGAAGACGAGAGCAUUAGUGAUAUGUUUGCAAGAUUCCAAGGGAUCACAAACAAAAUGAGGCAACUUGGUAGAACAUACGACAAUGCAGAUCAAGUCAACAAAAUUCUAAGUUGUCAAAGAAGUGGAGACCAAAUGUUACUGCUAUCCAAGAAGUCAAAGACCUCAACACGUUAA